CUUCCCUUCCCUUCUGGUGCUCGGCAGUCGGAUUCAAGCGAAGAUGCCGCUGGAGAGGCGAGCGUAAAAGCGGGCGAGACAAAGAAACCGGGCGGAGGCGCUCCGUUGCUUACCUUUAUUUCUCCCUCCAUGGGAGUCGCACCAAGCCGAAGCCGCCGCUGCGGUAUCGCGUAUGGAGGCAGAGCAACGUGAUUGAGCUGGGCUGGAAGUUCAGACGAGAUGGAGCCGAGCAGAAAUUCCUCCUGCUGAGACCCUCCCACGUCGUCGUCCUUGCUGCAGGGCCCCUUUUUGCUCUCAGGGCAUUUAUUCUGUUGUGAUUCUUAAGGGGGAAAAUCUGUCAAUGUUUAGCCUUUGGCUGACUUGCUGCUUGCCUUGGGGGACAAUUCUUCUGGUGCUUGGGGAGCCGGCUGGAGGAAGCCAGCUCAGUCCGGAGAAUACUGUAGUAUGGGGGCCCGGUCUCAGGGCCGAUGUGGUGCUCCCUGCUCGGUAUUUUUAUAUCCAGUCUGUGGACGCUGAGGGGAAGAGGUUUACUGUCUCUCCAGGUGAAAAUGCCUUUCAGGUGAAGAUCACAGCUCCUGAGGAGCAGUUCACACGGGUCGGUGUGCAAACAUUGGACAGGAAAGAUGGCUCCUUUAUUGUGAGGUACAGAAUGUAUGCAAGCUACAAAAGCCUGAAGAUUGAGGUUCAAACCAAAGACAAACACGUUGCUAAAUCUCCAUACAUCUUAAAAGGUCCCGUUUAUCAUGAGAACUGUGACUGCCCUCAGGAAGACGGCAGUGCUUGGCUGGAAGAGAUGAGCUGCCCUCAAGUCAUUCCACAGAUCCAGAGAGACUUGGCACAAUUUCCUGCCGUAGACCCUGAUAAGAUCGCCAAAGAAAUUCCACAGCGGUUUGGCCAGAGACAGAGCUUGUGCCAUUAUACCAUAAAAGACAACAAGGUUUAUAUAAAAACCCAUGGUGAACAUGUCGGCUUUAGGAUUUUCAUGGACGCCAUCCUGCUUUCUUUGACUAGAAAAGUAAAAAUGCCUGAUGUGGAGUUUUUUGUCAAUUUGGGUGAUUGGCCUUUGGAGAAAAAGAAAUCCUCUCAGAACAUCCAUCCCAUAUUUUCCUGGUGCGGAUCCACUGAUUCAAAAGAUAUCGUAAUGCCCACUUAUGACUUGACAGAUUCUGUUUUAGAAACAAUGGGCCGAGUAAGUCUGGACAUGAUGUCUGUUCAAGCAAAUACUGGGCCACCAUGGGAAGAAAAGAACAUUACAGCAAUCUGGAGAGGUCGAGACAGUCGUAAAGAGAGGCUCGAACUAGUCAAGAUAAGCAGAAAAUUCCCAGAAAUCAUUGAUGCAGCUUUUACCAACUUCUUCUUUUUCCAGCAUGAUGAAAGUCUAUAUGGCCCUAUUGUGAAGCACAUAUCCUUUUUUGAUUUCUUCAAGUAUAAAUACCAAAUUAAUAUUGAUGGCACAGUGGCUGCAUACAGGCUGCCUUAUCUUCUAGCAGGAAACAGCGUCGUGCUAAAGCAGGAUUCCAUCUACUAUGAGCAUUUUUAUAACGAGUUAGAACCUUGGAAACACUACAUUCCAUUUAAAAAUGACCUAAGUGAUCUCUUAGAGAAACUGCAGUGGGCCAAAGAUCAUGAUGAAGAAGCAAAGAAUAUUGCAAAAGCGGGGCAAGAGUUUGCAAGAAAUAACCUCAUGGGAGACCAUAUAUUUUGCUACUACUUCAAACUUUUCCAGGACUAUGCCACGCGGCAAGUGAAUGAGCCAAAAAUUAGAGAAGGCAUGGAGAAAGUGGAGCAGCCGAGUGAUGACCUCUUCCCUUGUAACUGCCACAGAAAAAAGGUCAAAGAAGAACUUUAACAGAAAGAAACAGCUUUGGAUUUUAGGUAUCUUCAAAGGAGAACAGGAAGACAAGGUGUGCAAUAGUCUGGAUGACUUCUUUUGAGCAGUAUUACGAAAACCUUGUUUUUUUAUCUUUUUAAAAAAUAAACAUACUUUCU